AUUGCUCGCCGCAGGGAGCCCUGCCGGCUCACGUGGUCAGCGCCCGGGCCCGGCCGCGGCGGCGCAGGGAGAUGGGCGGGUCCCCUUCUCCUUGCCCCGCCCCCACGCGUCCCCCGCCGUCGCCUAGGAGACGAGUCCCACCCCGGCCGGGUUGGAGGAACUCACUGCAGGGGCGCUGCCGGCGGUUCGAGGUCGGGAUGCGCCGCGCGCCAGAGGGGGGCGGCCCCGGCACCAGCGGCCAGGAGCGCAGCACAGUCGGCUAAUAAAGCUGCAGCAGUCUCUGUGUCGCAGCCAGCUCCUGUAAAAGUCAACAAUAAAGAAGUCAAUGCAAGGCUAAUUCCCCGCCUCCCCUCUGUCCUUCAGACUGCAGUCCUUCCUACCAGGCAAAACUUCUUCCAUUGCCAGCUGUUAAGGAUGUAUGUAAGAAUGGCUGCAUUAUUCCCUUCCUUGUUACUUUAUUUCUGGAUCUCAAAGUGGCUAUAAUCCUGAGGAAGAAGACCAAAUAUCUUAAUAAAUUAUGACAAACAAUCCACUGAUAUAACAUCAUCAUUCUGGAAAAAACAAAAAUUUGUCUUAAAAAAAUUGAGUGUAGAAGUCCUCUAAUAAAAGGAGACAUUUAAAGUUUUCAAGGCUUUCAGCAAUCCAGGUCUUACAAAAUGAACCGUUACACAACCAUGAAACAACUUGGUGACGGCACCUAUGGCAGUGUACUCAUGGGAAAGAGCAAUGAGUCUGGAGAGCUUGUGGCUAUCAAAAGGAUGAAAAGAAAGUUCUAUUCUUGGGAUGAAUGUAUGAAUUUGAGAGAAGUCAAGUCUCUUAAGAAACUGAAUCAUGCCAAUGUGAUAAAACUGAAAGAAGUUAUCAGAGAAAAUGACCACCUUUAUUUUGUGUUUGAGUAUAUGAAGGAAAAUCUCUAUCAGUUAAUGAAGGACAGAAACAAGUUGUUCCCUGAGUCAGUCAUCAGAAACAUUAUGUAUCAGAUAUUACAAGGGCUAGCUUUUAUCCAUAAGCACGGUUUUUUCCAUCGGGAUAUGAAGCCUGAAAACCUUCUCUGUAUGGGCCCAGAACUUGUGAAAAUAGCUGAUUUUGGAUUGGCUAGAGAAUUAAGAUCUCAGCCACCAUACACCGAUUAUGUUUCUACCAGAUGGUACCGUGCACCUGAAGUUUUGUUGAGAUCUUCUAUUUAUAGCUCACCUAUUGAUAUAUGGGCUGUUGGUAGCAUAAUGGCUGAACUGUACACGCUGAGACCUCUUUUCCCAGGGACAAGCGAAGUAGAUGAAAUCUUCAAAAUUUGCCAAGUAUUAGGGACUCCAAAGAAGAGUGACUGGCCAGAAGGGUACCAGCUUGCGUCUGCCAUGAAUUUCCGCUUCCCACAAUGUAUCCCUAUGCACCUCAAAACUCUGAUUCCAAAUGCCAGCAAUGAAGCAAUACAGCUUAUGACUGAUAUGCUAAACUGGGAUCCAAAGAAACGACCUACAGCAAGUCUGGCUUUGAAAUACCCUUAUUUUCAAGUUGGCCAAGUUUUAGGACCUCCUCCACAAAAUUUGGAACAGAAACCUGUUAAGCCAACAGAGCCAAAGCCAAAUCUACCCAAAAUAGAACUUGUAUCAAAACUAGAAUCUGUAUCCAAACCAGAAUCUCAGUCUUCACCUGAUGCACCUGACGAGACUCAGCCACAACUUCUGUCAAAGAUUAACCACCAACCUCUCCAGCAAAUCCAGCUGCCACAGAAUACAAUUAAUCAACAACUACCCCAACAGCAGCAGCCGCAACCACUUCUUCCAGCAAUCCAUAAAAACUCAUCACCAAAGCAAGCAACCCUGGGCCCUCAAAAUGGUGCAGUUGGUCUUAAAAAUUGCAGGAGACGAUGGGGUCAGACACUGUUAAAGACUAUGGACAGCUGGGAUGACUUGGAGGACACAGAAUUUGGAAUUUCAUAUUCCAAGAAGCCCAGCAUUUCACAGUUAAAGGAAAAGAAAACAAAAGAGUUUCUAUUUAGCAUGCCAGAGCCAAAGGCCUUGGGCUGUAUCCAAUCAGGAGGGGAAAGCAAAGCUCUGAUGCGAAAUGACUCUGGAAUAUCAAAUACAUCAGCAAAACAAUACUACCUGAGACAAUCGAGAUAUCUUCCUGGUGUAAAUCCUAAGAAUGUCUCCUUAGUAGCAGCCAGUAAAGAAGGCUCUCAAGGAAUCUGGAACAAUUCAUUGUUUUCUAAACCACUAGGGCCUACUGGAAGAGGUCUGUCUUUUAACAGAACGAAUGCAGGUGCUGCUUACAACCCGUCUGGAGGAUAUAUCCCUUCCUUUCAUAAAAAAGAAGUUGGAUCAGCUGGACAAAGGAUACAACUAGCUCCUCUUGGUGCAUCAGCAUCAGAUUAUUCUUGGAAAACCAAAGCUGCUCGUGCUCAAUUACCAGGCCCUACUUACAAUCCAGCUGCAAAAAACAUGAAUAUCCUGACCCGCCCACCUCCAAUUCAACCAGUUCAUGGAAGAACAGACUGGGUGGCCAAAUACGGAGGACAUAGAUAGAAGCCCUGGCUCAUGGUGCACUUUUCAUGCAAAUUACAUUGUCAUCCUACGCUGGGAAUCUGAAAUGCAUAUUUCUCUUAAGACUAUGCAACAGUAGAAAGACUGGAGAUCUGGUAUUUUACUUCUUCUGCAGGUAAUAAAAUACAUUUUACAUA